AUGGAGCCCUCCUUCAACUUCCCGCAGGAUGACUUCGCUCUAGCAAUCCUCACCCACGCGGCAAUGCAGACCAAUCACGACCACAACACCCCAAGCUCUCACACUAGCAACUCCAAUUCUGGCUACAACCGAUCGUCCGGGCCUAGUUCCACUUUGACAGGAGCCGACGUCCGGGGUUCUUCAGCAACGUCCAUGAUCAGUAAUCGCAACCCCAACCUUGGUAUCAAUCGCAGUCAGGACUCCAGCCUUGCACACUCGCGGCCUCAAGAUAUAUUAAGCUACACAUCCGCAGUCACAUCGUCACGCAGCAUGGAGACUCUCACGUUCAAUCCAGCACAAACCGGGAGACAGAAUUCUUACAUGGGGCCAACGUAUCGCGGCAUUGGGUCCCAGAUAUCUCAGAACUACGCCCAGAGCCUGGGGAUCUUGAAUGCGGAGUCGUAUGAUGAUGGGCGAGCACAGCAACAGUCGGGAGAGAUGCGGUUGAAGCAGACCGCGCCCCCGGACCCAUUGUUGCAGUUUGGCAUGAUGGAGACUCCGGAAGUGAGAACGGAUAGUGAUGAGUUGGACAAGGGGUCUAGGCGGCGGAGGAAGCACAAAAUUGACCAUCAGAUUGAGGACGAUGACGAGGAAGCAAGGAAGAAGGCUCGUGGAAGGCCCAGAGUCGAUACUAAGGAUGAGACUGCUGCUGAUCGGAGGAGAACUCAAAUACGAAUGGCCCAGAGAGCCUACCGCCAUCGUAAAGAGACCACUAUCACCUCCCUGGAAAAGCAAGUCCAAGACUUAAGAGGUACAAAUGAGGAGAUGAGCAACAUUUUCAUCAGCCUCUAUGAUUUUGCUGUCAGCAAAGGGUUGCUGCAGCGUGAACCCGAAUUUGGACAGCAACUUCAGUCGACUACUGAGAGAUUCCUUGCUCUUGCAAAGUCUACUGCAAACGAUGAAGAAAACCAUGAUGAACACAGCAAGGAUGGGAAGUCUGAACCGGAAUCCGGCCGAAAAACCAAAAAGACCAGGACUUCUCCUGAGAAAGUCCAGGAGUCAGAAGCUUUGUCGUCGCAACCAUGGGGUGGAUACUUUGCAAAGUCCGAGAGUCCAGUAGAGGAGACGCAGCCGCAGUAUCUCGAGCAGCAGUCUUACGGCCAGAGAAAUUACCAAAGAGAUUUGGAGAUCAUCACUCGACCUACUGAGGAUAAUGCAAGCUUUCCACUUGAUCUCAUGGAUCUCCAAACAUACAGAGUCGAUGUUCCUCCUGUCGAGAACUUCAUGCAGGACUUUUACUCUGAAGCACAGCUGCCGCUUCCGAACACUCACAACUAUGCCGAGUUUUCCUUUGCCAGAAGAAUUCAACGAGGCGCGAUCGAAAGAGCCUUCAGGCUCAUUACUGCCAAGAAUCCACCGCAGAUCCGUUUCCAGGAAGUCUUCGGCUUUUGCUUCCAGUAUGAAAGUAGGGAGUCCGUGGAGGCUAGAUUGAAGCGUCUUAUUUCCAGCAGCGCAAACGAAUCCCUCCAAGAAUGGAAGGCUCCGUUUGUCCACGUUGGUGGUGCCGGCACCUUCUACCCGAUGCAUGAUAACGAUGUAAAUGAAGACUUGAUGCCCAAGUUUCGCACUGGGUACUCCAUGGGUCCCUUCUCGCCAUCUGUCGCACCAAUCCAGGAGAAAAUACAAGGAGGCAUGCGGCUCAGCCUCCCUGGCUAUGAGGGAGAAUGGUUCGACCCGAACGAUGUAGAAGGGUAUUUGAGGGGCCGUGGCCUUGAAAUUCCUCCCUCUGCGGAUUACAUCACUGCUGAAAUCGAUCUUGCGAUCCUAGGAGAGGUUGGCAGCCCUCACAGCGAUAGCACAAUCACCACUGUAUCACCGAGAACACCACAAAGUCCACUCGACAAAAUGUUGGCGGACGGUGGUAAUAUGACCUACAAUUUCGAAUUCGCUAAACCUGAAGGAAAGGCUUUUCCCUUUCCAAUAGGUUAUGCGGAUUGGGACAGCAAUGUCAAUGUUCGGGAAGCAAGCAACAUCGAUCCCAUCUUCAAUGUCGCUCCAAAUCGAAACAAUUCAAACAAUACGUCAGACGUCAAUGCGACCGAGGUUCCACGUAUCGAGAAGCGCUUGGUGACGGUCAAUAUCAAAAUCUUGCUUGAGUCAAUCCUCGAUCAUGGGGUCUGUUUAGGCCGGGCUCCUGGCUUUAGACCGUCUGACGUAAAUUCUGCUAUCAUUGCCGCAGUGAAGGCUGGAUUUUGA